GAUGAACAUAUAUAUUGAUUUAAAGUAACGUUGGAAAGUUAGUUGAAUAACAUAAGAAAAUAAUUAUACAAUUACAAAUAAAAAUAACUAAAAAAUAUAUAAUAAAUUAAAAUAUAAUACAGUUUUGUGUUCGCUCAUUGCAGCGACCAAAGUUUUCUCAGCCAUUGUCUUCUUCAUCUUCCUCAGAGAGGAAUUCGGAUUUAAAAAGAUCGCGUUCAGUUGUGAUUUUGCUUUGUAAAGAGAGAGAUAGAGAGAUGAGCGUGGUGGGAUUUGAUAUUGGGAACGAGAAUUGCGUAAUUGCUGUGGUGAAGCAAAGAGGUAUUGAUGUUUUGUUGAACGAUGAAUCGAAACGCGAAACCCCUGCUAUAGUUUGUUUCGGGGAGAAACAGCGGUUUCUGGGUUCUGCUGGUGCUGCUUCGGCGGUCAUGAACCCCAAGUCAACAGUCUCUCAGGUGAAGAGACUCAUUGGUAGGAAGUUUAGUGAACCUGAGAUUCAAAGGGAGCUCAAAAUGUUCCCCGUUGAAACUUCUGAGGCCUCAGAUGGUGGCAUUUUGAUUCACCUAAGGUACUUAGGUGGCACUCAUAGCUUUACCCCAGUUCAGAUUAUGGCUAUGCUUUUCGCCCAUUUGAAAGAUUUAGCAGAGAAGAGUUUGGAGAUGCCGGUUUCGGAUUGUGUUAUUGGGAUCCCUUCAUACUUUACUGAAUUGCAGAGACGUGCUUAUUUGGAUGCUGCAGCUAUUUCGGGGUUGAAGCCUUUUAGAUUGAUGCAUGAUUGUACUGCAACUGCACUUAGUUAUGGGAUUUACAAGACGGAUUUCUCCAGUAGUGGACAGACCAUUGUGGCAUUUGUUGACAUUGGUCAAUGUGAUACUCAAGUCUCUAUUGCAUCGUUUGAAGCUGGUCACAUGAAGAUCCUUUCUCAUACAUUUGAUAGAAGUGUGGGAGGGAGGGACUUUGAUGAGGUUUUGUUUCAUCAUUUUGCUGCACUGUUUAAGGAUCAGUACCACAUUGAUGUGUACUCUAAUGUCAGGGCAUGUAUCAGGCUGCGAGCUGCCUGUGAGAAGCUGAAGAAAGUUUUAAGUGCAAAUGCAGAGGCACCAUUGAAUAUCGAAUGUUUAAUGGAUGAGAAAGAUGUUAGGGGAUUCAUUAAAAGGGAAGAAUUUGAGAAGCUAACUUGGGGAUUGUUAGAGAGGAUUGUUGUUCCUUGCAACAAGGCUUUAGCUGAUGCUAGGUUGACUGUGGACAAGAUUCAUUCUGUGGAACUUGUUGGGUCAGGUUCUAGAAUCCCAGCUAUUACCAGGUCAUUAGCUUCUCUCUUCAAAAGAGAGCCCAGCCGAAAAUUGAAUGCAAGUGAGUGUGUAGCACGUGGAUGUGCUCUUCAGGGUGCAAUGUUAAGUCCUGCUUUUCGUGUCAGAGAAUAUGAGGUUCAAGAUUCACUCUCUUUUUCAAUAAGGUUAUUAGUGGAUGGUAGUCCUAUUAGCACUGGGGCAAAUGGAAUCCUGUUCCCAAAAGGCCAACCUAUCCCAAGUAUUAAAGUUUUGACAUUUCAUCGAAGCAAUUCAUUUAUAUUGGAAGCUAUUUAUGCUUACCUUGAUGAGCUGCCUCCGGGCACAUCUCUUAACAUUAGUUGUUUCAAGAUUGGGCCAUUCCAAGGUUCCCAAAGUGAAAAGACAAGGAUUAAGGUUAAAAUUCAUUUAAACCUCCAUGGCAUUGUCAGGGUUGAAUCAGCCACGUUGGUAGAAGAUUAUGUCGGUAAAUCAUUUGUGGAUCAAAUGGACAUUGAUGAUGUAUCUGUUUCUGGUUCUUCUGAGAGAAUUUCAAAUGGGGUAGAAGAUGGUACUGCACAGUCUGAAUUUGCACAUGCAUCUGCCAAUGCAGCAACAAAUGAAAAAGCCACCAGGAGGCUAGAACUCCCCAUUAGUGAGAUUAUAAAUGGUGGAAUGACGGAGGGAGAGAUUUCAGAAGCUCUAGAUAAAGAACUUCAGUUGGCCCAACAGGACCAAAUCAUGGAAGAGACUAAAAAUAAGAAGAAUGCUUUAGAGUCCUAUGUCUAUGAGAUGCGUAACAAGCUCUUCAACACAUAUCGGAGCUUUGCUAGUGAUCAAGAGAGGGAGGACAUUUCCAGGAGCCUACAACAGACAGAGGAUUGGCUUUAUGAUGAAGGAGAUGACGAAACGGAAAAUGCUUAUGUUUCCAAGCUGGAUGAUCUUAAGAAGCUGGUGGAUCCAAUUGAUAGUCGAUAUAAAGAUGAGGAUGCUAGGGUACAAGCUACAAGAGAUCUUUUAAAGUGCAUCGAGGAUUAUCGUAUGGCUGCGGAUUCGCUUUCUCCCAAGGAUAAAGAAUUGCUUAUUAGUGAGUGCACUAAAGCAGAACAGUGGAUCAGAGAGAAAACCCAACAACAAGAUUCCAUGCCACAGAAUAUCAAUCCAGUAUUUUGGUCGAGUGAUAUCAAAAGCAAGACUGAUGAACUGAACUCGACAUGCAAGCAUAUACUGAGAUCUAGGGGUUCCCCAAAUAGCUCAGAUUAGCAGGAUACUUCUGGCGAAAAAUGAGUUGAUGGGUGCUGCCUGCGAUACCCGCAAAGUUUUACGUUUAGAUUAUUUUCUCUCACAAGUAUAGAUUUUUUUUCUUUUUAUAUUUUUUUAUGUACUGUGGCAUGGGGAGUUAUAACAAGAGUAUUCUAUUUCAUGGCUUCAGCCUGGGAAAAUUCUCACUAGACUCGGCUUCAUUAUAGUAAAAUUGUUUGACAGUAACACUCCGCCGGAUUUGUGCUCGGCCACCAUACUUAGCUUUAGGCUAUAUUUGGAAGUUGAAUUUUAGUAAGGAAAGAAAAAUAUGAGGUAAAUGUAGGAAAGGAAGUAUGAAGAUCAAAAAAAUAAUCAAUUUUUAUGUAUGAUAUGGAAAAUUUUGGUGAAUUAGUAUUUUUCAUACAAUUUUUCUUUUCAUGUCAA